AUGAAUGCAGGAUGGAAUAUACCAGGCUGUGUUUCUAUGGGUCUUGUUGAUCGAAAUCAAUUUAUGAAUGUCCCACUAAAGAGUAUCAAAUUGAAGUGCAAAAUAGUGAACAUGCUUGUGGAUGUGGAAGCAGAAUUCUUAUAUGAGAAUUCCUUACAAGAACCUCUGGAGGCAACAUUUAUGUUCCCAUUAAACGAUGUGUCAGUGUACCAUUUUGAAGCACAGAUAGGUGAAAACAAGAUAGUAUCUGUUUGUCGACCACGUUCAGAGGCUAAAGAAACAUAUGACAGUGCUGUUGAAGAAGGAUAUACUGCUAUUUUGGCCGAACAGGACGAGCAUUGUUCUGAUUUGUUUCAAAUGAACGUCGGUAACAUACCACCAAACGGAAAGGUUAGUAUAAUCCUGCGGUAUGUUGGCUUGAUGGAUGGUAAAAAUGUGGAAACAGAUACACAGAAUUUCACUCAUGCUGAGGUUACUUUAACUUUGCCAAGUGUCGUCAACCCACGCUAUUACCCACAAGAAAGAAACAUCCCUGAUGAAUGCGAAGCCUUUUCAGAAUAUGUCCUUACGAAUUCUGCACCAUACACAAUAACUUUCGAAGCUGAAUUGUCGAUGUCAUGCAAAAUUUUAGAUGUUAAGUCGGUGCACGACCGUUUCACAUUGAAUCGUUCAGUUGAUUCCACGAAUGCUAAUGUCAAGCUGGAGUCAGAAUUCAUACCUAACCAUGAUCUCCAAAUGGUCAUAAGUCUUGCUGACCCACUUACAUCACUUGCAUCUUUGGAAUAUGGUUCUUCAAACCAAUCCUCAUUACUAGCUACAAACUGUUUGAUGAUUCAGUUUUUACCUCAGUUUUCUGGGGUCAAUAUCCCCAAAGGAACCCGAAGUGAAAUAGUAUUUUUGAUUGAUCGUUCAGGCAGCAUGCAAGGUGAUAAUAUUUUCUACGCUAAGACCUCCUUACUCCUGUUCCUGAAGAGUUUGCCUGUGAAUUGCCGAUUCCAAAUUAUUGGUUUUGGAUAUGAUUUCGAGGCCUUAUUUCCAGAGCCAAGAAACUACUCUGAAGAAUCUUUGAGUGAAGCAAUGAAGUAUCACAAAAGCCUGGAAGCUGAUAUGGGUGGCACAGAAGUUUACAAAGCUUUAGAAUCAGCUCUAAGUUCAACACCAAAUGAUGAAGGUUGGUUCAAGCAAAUCAUAUUUCUUACGGAUGGUGAUGUGGGCAAUGCAGAUGAAGUAAUCGGAUUAGUACGAUUGAAUGUUCAUAGAGCUAGAGUAUUCGCUAUUGGUCUUGGGGAAGGCGCAAGUACCGGAUUAGUUAGUGGUGUUGCUCGUGCUGGUAAUGGGACUGCAGCAUUUGUUCGUGACAAGUCUCAGUUACAAUCAACAGUUAUGAGGAUUCUUUCGGACGCAUUGCAACCAAAAGCCGAAGACGUUAAAAUGGAUUGGAAGUUAGUAGAGAAAUUUUCUGAUGGAAAGGAGAAAGCGAUAGAAGUAGUAACUGUCCCUAAACAAAUUGCUCCAAUAUUUUCUGGUCACUUCUUGACUUGUUUCGGUUUCUUCAAAUCUGAUAAAUCUUCAACUAUUCAUGGGCAAGUAAAUUUGAAUUAUAGUUUAUCAGGUGAACAAAAGUCAUUGACAUUGAACAUGUCAAAUGCAGUUUUUGUUUCAAAAGACAACUCAAAUUCAUAUGAAAGUUUACCUAUUCAUCGACUAGCAGGAAAUAAACAAAUCAAUGAACUUGUAGAUGAGUACCAUAGUAUACAAAUAGCUAAACAAGAGAAAGCAUAUGAAUCAGAGCUGAAAUCAAUUCGUCAACAGGUGGAGGAUUUAUCAUGCCAUCUUAAUAUACUGACGAAAUUCACUGCUUUGGUUGCAGUAGAUCCAACGAAGUUAGAUAUUGACCCCAACGCUGAAAGAGUUAAGAUGUUCAUACAGCCGAUGCAUCGACAGAAAACUGCUUGCUUUUCAGCAGUGCCAAUGCCAGUAGCAGCGAGAUGCGGAUUGGACUUAGUGGAUUCACCAUUGUGUAGGGUGGAAUCUUGUAUUGAAGGAAACUCCGCUGCAUCGGUUUGUUUCACUGGUUCAUUGGGUUUCGAUAUGAGUGAAUCUAAUACAGGGGAAUAUGACGUUACUAAUUCUUAUAACCAGGUAGUUGAUAAGGUGGAGAAACAUAUCCAACUUGCUGAGCUACAAAGUUUUACUGGACUGUGGAAUUUCGAUUCAUCUCUUUGUGAAUGCUUUGAAUUGCCUAUUAGUGAUCUAACAGUGUAUCUAAAUGAACCAGGAAAAUCCCCAUUUCUGACGACAGCUACGUGGGGAACUGCUCUGACGAUUGCAUAUUUGGAGUACUUUAUGCCGGAGAAGAAGAAUGAAUGGUGUUUGUUAGUUGAUAAGGCACGAAACUGGCUUUGUAGCGAAAUACUAAGUCAACAAGUGGAUUCGAGUAA